AUGAAUUCCGCGGAACAGACCGUUACGUGGCUCAUUACCUUAGGGGUGCUGGAGUCGCCCAAAAAAACCAUUUCGGACCCGGAGGGCUUUUUGCAGUCCUCUCUGAAAGAUGGGGUGGUCCUCUGCAGGCUGCUGGACCGCUUGCUGCCCGGAACCAUAGAGAAAGUCUACCCAGAGCCCCGGAACGAGAGCGAGUGUCUCAGCAACAUCCGCGAGUUCCUGCGAGGCUGCGGGGCCUCCCUGCGCCUGGAGUUAUUUUUCCCUCCCCCUCCACUUCCACCCCACCAUUUAAUUUGCUUAUUUUAUUUUUCGUUUCAGACGUUUGAUGCAAAUGAUUUAUAUCAGGGGCAGAAUUUUAACAAGGUCCUCAGUUCCUUAGUGACUCUAAAUAAAGUAACAGCAGACAUUGGCCUGGGAAGUGAUUCUGUAUGUGCCCGGCCCUCAUCUCAUCGGAUAAAGUCUUUUGAUUCUCUGGGCUCGCAGUCUUUACACAGCCGGACUUCAAAAUUGUUCCAGGGUCAAUAUCGAAGUUUGGACAUGACUGAUAAUAGCAACAAUCAACUGGUUGUACGAGCAAAGUUUAAUUUCCAGCAGACAAAUGAAGAUGAGCUUUCUUUUACAAAAGGAGAUAUCAUACAUGUUACUAGAGUGGAAGAAGGGGGCUGGUGGGAGGGUACUCACAAUGGCAAAACUGGCUGGUUCCCCAGCAACUAUGUUCGAGAAAUCAAAUCAAGUGAAAAGCCUGUGUCUCCCAAGUCAGGAGCAUUGAAGAGCCCUCCCAAAGGAUUUGAUACAACUGCAAUCAACAAAAGCUAUUAUAAUGUGGUGCUACAGAAUAUUUUGGAAACAGAAAAUGAAUAUUCUAAAGAACUGCAGACUGUGCUUUCAACUUAUCUACGACCUUUACAGACCAGUGAAAAGUUAACAUCGGCAAACACUUCAUAUUUAAUGGGAAAUCUAGAAGAAAUAUGUUCUUUUCAGCAAAUGCUCGUACAGUCUUUAGAAGAAUGCACCAAGUUGCCUGAAGCUCAGCAGAGAGUUGGAGGCUGCUUUUUAAAUCUUAUGCCACAAAUGAAAACCUUGUACCUUGCAUAUUGUGCCAAUCACCCAUCUGCAGUUAAUGUUCUCACAGAACACAGUGAGGAAUUGGGCGAAUUUAUGGAGUUGAAAGGUGCCAACAGCCCUGGAAUUCUUGUGUUAACUACUGGCCUCAGCAAACCAUUUAUGCGCCUAGAUAAAUACCCCACAUUACUCAAGGAACUUGAAAGACAUAUGGAGGAUUACCAUCCAGAUCGACAAGAUAUUCAAAAAUCCAUGACUGCCUUCAAAAACCUUUCAGCCCAGUGUCAAGAAGUACGUAAGAGGAAGGAGCUUGAGUUACAGAUUCUGACAGAAGCUAUCCGAAGCUGGGAGGGAGAUGACAUUAAAACUCUGGGCAAUGUCAUAUACAUGUCACAAGUCAUGAUUCAAUGUGCGGGAAGUGAGGAAAAGAAUGAAAGAUACCUUCUACUCUUCCCAAAUAUUUUGCUAAUGUUGUCUGCCAGUCCUAGGAUGAGUGGUUUUAUCUAUCAGGGAAAGCUACCAACAACAGGAAUGACAAUCACAAAGCUUGAUGACAGUGAAAAUCAUAAAAAUUCAUUUGAAAUAUCAGGGAACAUGAUUGAGCGGAUAUUAGUAUCAUGCAACAACCAGCAGGAUUUACACGAAUGGGUGGAUCACCUACAGAAACAAACUAAAGUCACGUCUAUCGGAAAUCCCACAAUUAAGCCUCAUUCUGUGCCAUCUCAUACACUACCUUCCCACCCAAUCACACCAUCCAGCAAACAUUCAGACAGCAAACCAGUGCCACUGACUCCUGCAUACCACACGCUCCCACACCCUUCACAUCAUGGGACUCCACAUACUACCAUUAAUUGGGGUCCUUUGGAGCCUCCUAAAACUCCCAAACCAUGGAGCCUGAGCUGCCUGCGACCUGCACCUCCUCUACGUCCUUCAGCUGCUCUAUGUUACAAAGAGGAUCUUAGUAAGAGUCCCAAGACCAUGAAAAAACUGCUACCUAAGCGCAAACCAGAACGAAAACCUUCUGAUGAAGAAUUUGCUUUGAGGAAAAGUACAGCUGCUUUGGAAGAAGAUGCUCAAAUUCUAAAAGUUAUUGAAGCUUACUGCACAAGUGCCAAAACACGACAAACACUUAAUUCAACAUGGCAAGGCACUGACCUGAUGCAUAAUCACGUCUUGGCUGAUGAUGACCAAUCAAGUCUAGACUCCUUGGGUCGUCGCAGUAGCCUUUCUCGUUUGGAGCCUUCAGACCUCUCAGAAGACUCUGACUAUGACAGUAUAUGGACAGCCCAUAGUUACAGAAUGGGUUCUACAUCUCGUAAGAGCUGUUGCUCAUAUAUCUCUCACCAGAACUAAUGCACUCUGAGCUUUUCUUAACAAAUGCUUGUUGUAUCACAGCCUGCUUUUCUUAGAUGUUUUCUUGCUGUUCCUUGUCUCUUUUAAUGUGAUAUUUUAACAACUUUUGAGAGCGGUUUCUGAUAUU